GCCAGCAAGCUCAGCUCCGUCACCAGAUGGCCGAAGACAGCAAAGGGGAGUAUCUGUCCACGUUACAGAAGUUCAACCACGAGCAACGAGAACAUUACCACACGCAUAUCCCCAAUAUUUUUCAGAAAAUCCAAGACAUGGAAGAGAGACGGAUCAUCAGAAUAGGGGAAUCCAUGAAAACGUUUGCCGAGGUGGAUCGCCAGGUGACACCCAUCAUCGGGAAGUGCCUGGAUGAGAUCACCAAAGCAGUAGAUUCCAUUGAUCCAAAGCAUGAUUCUCAGCUCGUGAUCGAUGCCUUCAAAUCGGGCUUCGAACCUCCGGGAGAUGUCGAUUUUGAAGACUUCACCCAGCCGAUCAAGCGAGCCGUUUCCGAAUCGAGUCUCUCUAACUCCAAAGAGACCAAAUCCGAAUCCAGAUUUUCCAGCAAGUCCAAGGGCAAAUUAUGGCCGUUUAUGAAAAAAAGCAAGCUUAUGUCCCUUUUAACACCCCCCUAUCAGCCUCCUCCUCUGCCCCCUUCCUCUGCCUCGCCUUCUGCUCUUCCAAAUGGCCCUCAGUCCCCCAAGCAGCCAAAGGAACCCCUCUCCCAUCGCUUCAACGAGUUCAUGACCUCCAAGCCCAAAAUCCACUGCUUCAGGAGCCUAAAGCGCGGGCUUUCCCUGAAGCUGAUAACUUUGAAUAUGCAGGUCUGGAAUUUAAUGGAGGGUGGAGGACCAGAAGAUUAUAGCAAUCUUCCCCCGGAGCAACGAAGAAAGAAACUGCAGCAGAAAGUGGAUGAAAUCAACAAGGAUAUUCAGAAAGAGCUGGAUCAGAGAGAGGCCUUAACGAAAAUGAAAGAUGUCUACAUCAAGAACCCUCAAAUGGGGGAUGCAGCCAGCGUGGACAUUAAGUUAGCUGAACUCAGUCAAAACUUGGAGAAGCUGAGGCUGGAAGUACAAAAAUUUGAGGGCUGGUUAGCGGAGGUGGAAGGUCGGUUACCUGUCCGAACAGAGGUGAUGCGCCGCCAGAGUGGAGCAUACGAGCCCCAGAGUAACACCUUGACCGUCACAAACUGUGUCCAGGACCGAGAGAGCAGUCCCGAUGGCGGUUACACAGAGGAACCCAGCCAGGAGAGUGAGAUGAAAACGCCGACGACCGAAUUCGACGAUGAAUUUGACGAUGAGGAGCCCCUACCCACCAUUGGUACCUGCAAGGCUCUGUACACCUUUGAAGGACAGAAUGAAGGAACCAUUUCUGUGACGGAAGGAGAAACCUUGUAUGUCAUAGAGGAAGACAAAGGAGACGGGUGGACUCGCAUCCGGAGGAACGAGGAUGAGGAAGGCUACGUCCCCACUUCUUACGUCGAGGUCUUUUUGGAGAAGAACGCCAAAGAUUCCUAAAGAAAGAAAAGAAAAAAGAAACAGAAAUGUCACUUGCUGCCACAAGAGCCUCGGGACAAGCUGGGCACCCACGGAGAAAGAAACGGACGAUCGGAUUUUUAUGAUUAUUUUGAAACAGUGUCCCGUUUUUUGAAACCACUUCUGGCCGUUUGGCGAGCUUGGGAUGAAAGGGAGAAUUCAGGCCCCGAGGAAGGAGAAUGAAAGCACCCGCCUGAAACUGUCCUUCAAGCUCAUCCUUCAUUGCCUCUCACGUUCACCUGCCUUUGAGCUGUGGCACCAAUGAAUCCACCUUGGCUGGGUUUCCACCACCGCUUACCAGAUCCAAACUGUGGGGAUCGCCUCUCUCCUUCCUCCAGGGAUGGGAUGGAAUCAGGCCUUGAUCAACCAUUGCCCUUCCUUGCCCCUUUUCUCCUCGUCCCUCAAAGGAUUUUGCAAACAGGUCCUCAUUUCUCCCACACAGAAGAUGAGAAACAGGGAAACCUUCCCUAGCUGGGGUCUUCGAAGCCAAGGCAUUGGAUGGAGGGUCUCACCGCUAGGUAGAAUUUAGGAUUUGUCAUGAAGUCUGACGUUGUAAGUUCGAUCCACAGUUGAUUCAUGGGCCUUAAGGCUCAAAUAAUGUUUGUUUUAAUCUAGCAGAUCUAUUGGUCUUUGGCUUUGCACCCUGGUUGCGUGAGGAGGAAAUGGAGGAACGGAAAAGAUUUCCCAUGGUGCUUAGAGCAGGAGAUAGGAAACGUUUCCUAUCGGGAGUCCAUAGGACCUCUUAGCCGCGUUGAGAAGAUGACUUCCAUCCCACAUUGGUUAGGCUGGCCAACCCUUCUUGAAGACCCUAGGGUGGAGAAGACCUUCCUGAAGAGGUUGGGCAAGGUGCUCGUGGUCCGGCUUUCCCCAGGGAAGAAUGCAAAGGACGUUCCCUUUUAGUUGGGUGAGUGGUUGUGUUUGGUGUGACUGGCACCGCGGUGUGGUGGAGGGACCCUCUUUCUCCUUUCACUCACUCCAUCUAUCCAUCACACCCAGAGGAGGUUCAUUGGAAGGAGAACAGGCUUCUAGAGCAGAGAUUCAUGUAGAGUGAUAGAAGAUACCUCUUUUGGCCAAGGGUUGCUCCUUGGUGGCCUUGAGAUCACCCCAAAUCACUCCUAAUUUGACGGGCGUUACUGCCAAGCCACGCCUUGCUCUUCGAGUCGGAUUUGCAUCAUGCUAAGAACUUAAUGGUCUGGCUUGGUCCAGGGUUAGUGGAGAAGUCUCCCAGCCAUGGUUUAGUGCAAAGUGUCUCCAUAACCAUGGUCUCGACCAAGGCUUAUUGAAAUCCAGUCGUAGCGGGAUGAAGCUGCAGAGCUUGGCCAUUCACGGUGAGCCCAAGGGGUGCCCUUGCCUAGACCAAGUAUGUUCAGAAACACCCUGUUUUGGUCCUGGGUUCAACAGAACCUGAAAACUUGCAGAAAGAGGUUCAGAGGUCCUGGUUUGAAGCUGCUGAGAUGGCCGAAUCCAAGGGAUCUUUGGGUACCCGUGGUGUUCACCAGGACUUCAGUUCCAAGUCUCGCCUCCGCUAAAAAAAAACAACAACAACAACCCAUGACUUGGUCUGCAGUUCUCCUGCAGGAAGGAAUUCAGAUUUCCAUUUUAGGAAGUGCCUAUGGAUAACAGGUCCCAUUCAUCCUCUUACUAAGAAUUAGGGAUAUUUUCCCUCCUCCCCCGGGGGUCAACCAAGGAAUGAAUCUGAUCUGCAGGUUUUCUCCACCUCGGUGGCUUUAGGAGCAGAUGCACUUCAACUCCCAGAAUUCUCAAGCCAGCCCAGAUGUUGGCUGAUGAGUUUUGGGAGCCAUGGCCCAAGAAAACCUGGCUGCCCCCAAGACCUUGAACCUUUCUGCCUUGCCUUGCCAACUGGGAAGCUCUGCUGGGCUGGCUAAGCUGGUUUGCCGAUCGCAGGAUGCCACUGGCCUUCCCAGGGAUCUGUUUGCUCACUUGCAUGGCUUUUAUUUCACUAAUAGUCCUUUAGUCACCCAAUAUCUUUCAUGCCAAUCUUGAUUUCUUUCUCCUUUCAGCCUGUUUGUUCAUUCUUCUGUCCUCUCUGGGUUAUUUUUAAGCCCCUGUUUACAUCUCCUUCUUGUUCUUUUAAUUUAUUAAAUUAUUUUGCAUGGCGCCUCUCUAAAUCCACCUCCCCCGCCCCCUUCUCUCGCAUGGCCAUCCCCACAUUUAUUUAUUUCAGCUUUUCCCGACCCCGUCCUGCUUGUGGGCUCCUACAUUGGACCAAGGGGCUGGACUGGAGGACCUUCAGGGUCCCUUCCAGCCCUCGGGUUCUGUCAUCCAUGCCAGCCAAAUUUCACUGUGAUUCCUGCCCUUCUCGGCUCUCAUCCGGUCUCAAGUUCCACCCCAGUUUUUAACUCUGUUUUGGGGGCUAUGCCAUCACAGCGAAGUUGCGGUUUGAUCAGUGUCCUGGAAGACUUAAAAUCCUUCUCAAAAAAACAACAACAACAACCCUGGAGCUUGUAGCAGACUGACAAAGGUUAUUGCUGUGCCGAGUUCGAGAGACUGCCAGUUUUGAACUCGCCUCUUCUCAGGAGGCGCUGCACUUUGGAAAGCGGCUGGGGUAGCCCCAGAUUGCAGCUUCAAGUUAGCUGUGCCUGCAGCCCGAUUGGAAAGACAGACUUCCAAUCUCUCCAAGGAGGAGGACGGUGAAAUCUCAUUUCUCCAUCCGAAGAGGUGAAACCGAUGUGCUGGAACUGAUUUUCAAGGAAUUUUGCAGGAUUCCCUGCCUACAUUAAAGCAUAGCCGAGAAAACUUGAAUUUUCCUGACGUUUUUUGGGGAUGGAGAAGGUUGUAAGCAAGGAAGUGAAGAGUUGGAAGCUGAAGUGGACGUUGGAAACACACCCUCCAGGCAGUUUAAUACGAGCGGACGAUCAAAUGUCCAUUGGUGGAUAUAACUGCACCAUUAUAACUCUUUCUGCAUUCUCCUUGCCAUUUUACAAUAUCGCGGUGGGAGGAAAGUGAAACUUUGACUGCUACAAACCUCAGCGAGCUAGGAAUGACCAGAUUGGAUUUGCUGAGGAUUGGGUGACCACAAGCCCAGGGAACUAAAUUGAGCCUCCACUAUUGGGGACAGUCUACCUGUGGGGAUCAGAGAUUGGGGAGGGAAAAGGCACAGUCGAAGCAGCUCUCAACCUGCAGUGUAUUUGCGUACCUGCCUGGGUAGAAGCAUGGAAAUUAAGCAUUUCCCCCCC